AUGAACUUGAAGGCGACGCCAAAGGGUGAACACACGAAGGGAAGCUGGCGAGUGUGGGGCUUGUGCGCUGCUGGCGAGUUUGCUGUUGAGAUGCAGCAGAGGUUUGAUCCCGGCGGCAACUGGGGCCCGGGGUCGGGUCUGAAUGCUGUGAAGAUGAAGUGCACCGAUGGCGAGAUUAUUUGGUCGCACGACGGCUUUUAUGGUGACUGGGGGAAAUGGACCUAUUGCCCUGGCCGGGUUGCCUUUGACGGCUUUGCCAUCAAGAACAACAACGACACUGCCGCCAAUGCUGUGCGGAUGUACUGCGGGUCCACGACUUCUCCCGACACGGAUGCUGGCAGCGGUGAUUGGUCGGAUCAAGUCUCUUGCCCGCCUGGAAGUGCGAUCUGCGGCUUCCGAAUGCGACUCGAGGAUGAUCAAGGCGCGAUGAACGAUAUUGAGAUGCAGUGCUGC